CUAUGGGAAGUCCCACCCACAUCUCAAUCCACACCCCUUUCUGCUGCCACAGUGCCCCGGCCUCCUGAGCGGUCCCGGCAGCCACUAGACUCCAGUCCGGCUCACAGAAAGGAACCGCCACAAACACGCCUCCAAGCCCAGCUGCCCUUACCCAAGGAAGAUAUGGCCUGCAAGAGCCAUGCUCGGCCCAGGGGUCUGGCCUGGGCCCUGCCACCAACCCUGGCAUGGAUACUACUGGGGACCUGUGGUGGGAGUCACACACUUCGAGCCAGGUCUCAGGGCUGCCAUGGGCUGGCAGCUGAACUGGACACAGGAGAGCUGCACCUGGAAGAGGACUCUACAGCUUCAUUUCCCCAACCUUACUUGAUGAUUCAAGCCCCUGGCUCGCAGGCAGCCCCAUCGCCAGCGCCUUGUUGUCCCUCCGAGGUGGACAGACCCAGCGCACAGGGCCCUGCAGCCGGCCGUGAACACUGUGGGGCGCCGACUCCUGGGUGCAAAUCCUUUCUGGGACAUCUGCAGCGCGCCCUCCACCGUCGCUUCCGCCUGCUGCUACUGGGGCUGCGCCGGCCACCACCGCUCUGCGCCGAGCUCUGCGAGGCCUGGUUCACCAUCUGUGAAGAUGAUAUUGCCUGUGGCCCAACUUGGUUGCCGACCUCAGGAGACAGGAGCUGUGCGCCCAGCUGCCGCACCUAUGGGCAGACCUUCGCCGACGGGGCGGACCUUUGUCGCUCUGCCCUGGGUGACGCCCUGCCAGUGGCAGCUCCUGGCUCCCGCCAUUGCCUCAACCUUCCCACAUCGGUGUCCCCUCGUUGCCGACCAGGCCGGAGUGCCCGGGAAACUCGUCCGUCCGCCCCGGACACCGCGGGAAGUGGCAGCGGCAGCGGCAGCGGCAGCGGCCCCUAGCAGACCCCUCUGGAAGCGACCCAAACUCGACCACUGUCUCCUCCCUCUGAAUAAAGUCCCA